CCGGGCAGUCGAGUCUUUGUUACUCUUAGUCAACCACCACUUUCAGGUUGGCCAUCAUCUUCCCCACCUUCCUUCGAACACUCUGUUCAUCCUUCAAAUCAUCAGAACCACACAAUAGAGCUUCAAAUCCGAACUCUGCAACUCAUUUCUCCAUUGUUUUUCUUGGUGUGUUUGAAGUAAAAAGCUGAUGGAGUUCUCAGAUGAAAAGAAGGUGAAAGAAAAUCCAGCAGAGUGCCUACUGGAGAGCAUUGAAAUCGAUCACAUGGUGGCCGACGAGAAAACCUCUGAACUAAGAGAUUUAAACCAAUCGUACUGGAAGCAGAGCAACUGCAAUGGCGAUAUGAAGAAGACUGCCGUCGAUACUUCUCAGUCGUUCGUCGGAAUGAGAAGACGACGGAAGGGGUUUAACAUGUUGAGGUUUCUGGAAGGUUCCAUAGCCGGAAAAGAAGAGGAAGCAUGGAAAACAACAGAGAAGCGUUUUCGUCAACUAGCGCCUGAUGGAAAACUUUCUAGAGACAAAUUUGGAGCCUGCAUUGGGAUGAAAAAAGACACGACGGAUUUUGCUGGGGAACUGUAUGAUGUAUUGGCAAGGAGACGAGAGAUAAUGGCAGCGAAAGGGAUUACGCUGCAAGAAUUGAGAGCGUUUUGGGAUGAUUUGACAAAAGAAGACCUAGAUUCUCGGCUUCGGAUAUUCUUUGAUUUGUGUGACAAAAAUGGCGACGGGAAGAUCUCAAGGGAAGAGGUGAAGACGGUAUUGGAAUGGAGCGCUUCUGCAAACAAAUUGAACAAUCUUGAGAAAGAAUCUGAAACGUUCGUAUCUCUGAUCAUGGAGGAGCUUGAUCCAGACCGCAAUGGGUUUAUUGAGAUUGAGCAUAUGGAAAUUCUAGUGAGAGGAAUGUGGAGCUCUGAAGAAGAAAAACGAUUGCAGAAACAAUAUUCUAAACUUCCGGCGUCCCCGAUUCUAGGAAUCUGCAAUACUCCAGCAUUUCUGAAGGAAACAGAAGAAGUUAUUAUGACGAACUGGAAAAGAAUCUGGGUUUUGACACUGUGGAUAGCAAUAAAUUUGGGACUAUUUGUUUGGAAAUUCAUGGAGUACAGAGAGAAGGGGGCGUUUAAAGUGAUGGGUUAUUGUGUUUGUGUCGCAAAGGGAGCAGCUGAGACUCUCAAAUUCAAUAUGGCUCUCAUUCUGUUUCUUGUUUGUAGAGGCACAUUAACCAAACUUAGAUCCACCUUUCUCAGCUCCAUAUUCCCUUUUGAUGAUAAUAUCAAUUUCCACAUGCUGGUUGCUGUAGCCAUUUCGGUAGGCACUUUUCUUCAUGCCACAAUGCAUUUGACAUGUGAUUUUCCCAGAUUGACUUCAUGCUCAAACAACAAGUUCAUGGCAAUUCUUGGGCCAAAUUUUGACUUCAAGCAGCCAAGUUACCCUGACUUGGUUGCAAGUGUUCCUGGUGUUACUGGAAUCCUCAUGAUCAUUAUAAUGUCCUUUUGCUUCACAUUGGCAACUCCUUUAUUCAGGAAGCAUAAAGACAAGUUACCUCCGCUGCUUCAAAAUUUGGCAGGCUUCAAUGCCUUCUGGUUUGCACAUCAUUUGCUUGUUCUGUGCUAUGUCCUACUGAUUCUUCAUGGCUACUUCAUAUUCCUGGCUCAGGACUGGUACAAGAGGACGACAUGGAUGUACAUUGCAGUUCCAGUACUUAUAUAUGUGAUUGAGAGACUUGUUAUAAAGUUCUACGAAUUUUACCAUCAAGUCAAUGUGAUGAAGGGAAUAGUAUAUAAAGGAAACGUUCUAGCUCUGUACUUGACGAAACCUCCAGGAUUUGUGUACAAAAGUGGAACGUAUCUGUUUAUUAAGUGCCCUGAUAUAUCAAAUUUUGAAUGGCAUCCAUUCUCUAUCACUUCUGCACCCAGCGAUGACUAUUUAAGUGUCCAUAUACGUGCAUUAGGAGAUUGGACAGAAGCGCUCAGAAACAAAUUUAAAGAGGUCUGUGAACCUGAAACUAAAAAGAGGAAGGGGGGAAUUGCUAGACUGGAAACCAAAACGUAUUUGGAUUACGUUCCUUCGGAAUCAAGUAAGAAAUAUCCCCAGAUAUUCAUCAAAGGACCAUAUGGAGCCCCUGCACAGAGCUACGAGAAGUAUGACAUUCUCUUGCUCAUAGGCCUUGGGAUUGGGGCUACUCCAAUGAUCAGCAUUUUGAAAGAUUUACUAAACCACAUCAAACAAAGUGACUCCCACACUAACGAUGCCCCAAAGGUCCCAAAAAGAGCAUAUUUCUAUUGGGUGACAAAGGAACAGGCAUCAUUUGAUUGGUUUAAAGGUGUCAUGGAUGAUGUUGCCGAGUACGAUCACGAUAAAAUAAUAGAAAUGCACAACCACUUAAGUUGUAUGCACGAGGAAGGAGACGCCCGAUCCGUGCUCAUCACCAUGCUUCAACAAAUUCAGAAAUCUAGAGGGGAAGAAGUGGACGUUGUCUCUGGUAGCCGGAUAAGGACUCAUUUUGCGAGACCGAACUGGGAGAAAGUUUUCGAAGAGUUGGCAUCUAGACACAAAGGCUCUCAAAUAGGUGUGUUUUACUGUGGACCAUACACUCUCGUCAAGGAAUUGCGGGGUCACUGCCAAAAUUUCAGCGACAGCUCAAGAUCAACAAGGUUUCGUUUCCACAAGGAGAAUUUUUAGCAACCUUUCCCCACCAAACACUUCAAAAAGAAGUUGUAAAAUGGAAGCCAUCAUCUUAAGUGAUUUUGAAAUUUCUUGUCUUAAUAAUUAUCCUUUUACUUAUUA